GAGGACGUUCCACAUCUUUUACUAUGUGAUUGCUGGAGCCAAGGAGAAGAUGAAAAAUGACUUGCUUUUGGAGGGCUUCAGCAACUACACAUUCCUCUCCAAUGGAUUUGUGCCCAUCCCGGCUGCCCAGGACGACGAGAUGUUCCAGGAAACGUUGGAGGCCAUGGCCAUCAUGGGCUUCAGUGAAGAGGAGCAGCUAUCCAUAUUGAAGGUGGUGUCAUCUGUACUACAGCUCGGAAAUAUCGUCUUCAAGAAGGAAAGAAACACGGACCAGGCGUCCAUGCCCGAUAACACAGCUGCUCAGAAAGUUUGUCACCUCAUGGGAAUUAACGUGACUGAUUUCACCAGAGCCAUUCUGACCCCACGUAUCAAAGUUGGGCGGGACUUGGUACAGAAAGCUCAGACAAAAGAACAGGCCGACUUUGCCGUCGAGGCUUUGGCCAAGGCCACUUACGAGCGCCUCUUCCGCUGGAUACUCAGCCGUGUAAACAAAGCCUUGGACAAGACCCAUCGGCAAGGGGCUUCCUUCCUAGGGAUCCUGGAUAUUGCUGGAUUUGAGAUCUUUGAGGUGAACUCCUUCGAGCAGCUGUGCAUCAACUACACCAACGAGAAGCUGCAGCAGCUCUUCAACCACACCAUGUUCAUCCUGGAGCAGGAGGAGUACCAGCGCGAGGGCAUCGAGUGGAACUUCAUCGACUUCGGGCUGGACCUGCAGCCCUGCAUCGAGCUCAUCGAGCGGCCGAACAACCCCCCAGGUGUGCUGGCCCUGCUGGACGAGGAGUGCUGGUUCCCCAAAGCCACGGACAAGUCUUUCGUGGAGAAGCUGUGCACGGAGCAGGGCAACCACCCCAAGUUCCAGAAGCCCAAGCAGCUCAAGGACAAAACCGAGUUCUCCAUCAUCCACUAUGCUGGGAAGGUGGACUACAACGCAAGUGCCUGGCUGACCAAGAACAUGGACCCGCUGAACGACAACGUGACUUCCCUCCUCAACGCCUCCUCCGACAAGUUUGUGGCCGACCUGUGGAAGGACGUGGACCGCAUCGUGGGGCUGGACCAGAUGGCCAAGAUGACGGAGAGCUCGCUGCCCAGCGCCUCCAAGACCAAGAAGGGCAUGUUCCGCACGGUGGGGCAGCUGUACAAGGAGCAGCUGGGGAAGCUGAUGACCACGCUGCGCAACACCACGCCCAACUUCGUGCGCUGCAUCAUCCCCAACCACGAGAAGAGGUCCGGCAAGCUGGACGCGUUCCUGGUGCUGGAGCAGCUGCGGUGCAACGGGGUGCUGGAAGGCAUCCGCAUCUGCCGGCAGGGCUUCCCCAACAGGAUCGUCUUCCAGGAGUUCCGCCAACGCUACGAGAUCCUGGCGGCGAAUGCCAUCCCCAAAGGCUUCAUGGACGGAAAGCAGGCCUGCAUCCUCAUGAUCAAAGCCCUGGAACUCGACCCCAACUUGUACAGGAUUGGGCAGAGCAAGAUCUUCUUCCGCACGGGGGUUCUGGCCCACCUGGAGGAGGAACGAGACUUGAAGAUCACAGAUGUCAUCAUGGCCUUCCAGGCGAUGUGUCGCGGCUACCUGGCCAGAAAGGCCUUCGCUAAGAGGCAGCAGCAGCUGACCGCCAUGAAGGUGAUUCAGAGGAACUGCGCCGCCUACCUCAAGCUGCGGAACUGGCAGUGGUGGCGGCUCUUCACCAAGGUGAAGCCGCUGCUGCAGGUGACGCGGCAGGAGGAGGAGAUGCAGGCCAAGGAGGACGAGCUGCAGAAGACCAAGGAGCGGCAGCAGAAGGCGGAGAGUGAGCUCAAGGAGCUGGAGCAGAAGCACUCGCAGCUGGCAGAGGAGAAGAACCUGCUGCAGGAGCAGCUGCAGGCAGAGACAGAGCUGUAUGCUGAGGCCGAGGAGAUGCGGGUGCGGCUGGCGGCCAAGAAGCAGGAGCUGGAGGAGAUCUUGCACGAGAUGGAGGCCCGCCUGGAGGAGGAGGAGGACAGGGGCCAGCAGCUGCAGGCCGAAAGGAAGAAGAUGGCCCAGCAGAUGCUGGACCUGGAAGAACAGCUGGAGGAGGAGGAAGCUGCCAGGCAGAAGCUGCAACUUGAGAAGGUCACAGCUGAGGCCAAGAUCAAGAAGCUGGAGGAUGAGAUCCUGGUCAUGGAUGAUCAGAACAAUAAACUGUCCAAAGAGCGAAAACUCCUCGAAGAGAGGAUUAGUGACUUAACAACAAAUCUCGCAGAAGAGGAAGAAAAGGCUAAGAAUCUCACCAAGCUGAAGAACAAGCAUGAAUCUAUGAUCUCAGAACUGGAAGUGCGGCUAAAGAAGGAGGAGAAGAGCCGGCAGGAGCUGGAGAAGCUGAAACGGAAGCUGGAGGGUGACGCCAGUGACUUACACGAGCAGAUCGCUGACCUCCAGGCGCAGAUCGCAGAGCUCAAGAUGCAGCUCGCCAAGAAGGAGGAGGAGCUGCAGGCGGCCCUGGCCAGGCUCGAUGAUGAAAUCGCUCAGAAGAACAACGCCCUGAAGAAGAUCCGCGAGCUGGAGGGCCACAUCUCGGACCUCCAGGAGGACCUGGACUCAGAGCGGGCCGCGAGGAACAAGGCUGAGAAGCAGAAGCGGGACCUCGGGGAGGAGCUGGAGGCCCUGAAGACGGAGCUGGAGGACACGCUGGACAGCACGGCCACCCAGCAAGAGCUCAGGGCCAAGAGGGAGCAGGAGGUGACGAUGCUGAAGAAGGCCCUGGACGAGGAGACCCGCUCCCACGAGGCCCAGGUCCAGGAGAUGCGGCAGAAACACACACAGGCGGUGGAGGAACUCACCGAGCAGCUCGAGCAGUUCAAGAGGGCCAAGGCCAACCUGGACAAGAACAAGCAGGCGCUGGAGAAGGAGAACGCGGAGCUGGCGGGCGAGCUGCGGGUGCUGGGCCAGGCGAAGCAGGAGGUGGAGCACAAGAAGAAGAAGCUGGAGGUGCAGCUGCAGGAGCUGCAGUCCAAGUGCAGCGACGGGGAGCGGGCCCGGGCGGAGCUCAACGACAAGGUCCACAAGCUGCAGAAUGAAGUGGAGAGUGUCACGGGGAUGCUCAACGAGGCGGAGGGCAAGGCCAUCAAACUGGCCAAGGACGUGGCGUCCCUCGGGUCCCAGCUCCAGGACACCCAGGAGCUGCUUCAAGAGGAAACCCGGCAGAAGCUCAACGUGUCCACCAAGCUGCGCCAGCUGGAAGAGGAGAGGAACAGUCUGCAGGACCAGCUGGACGAGGAGAUGGAGGCCAAGCAGAACCUGGAGCGCCACAUCUCCACCCUCAACAUCCAGCUCUCGGACUCGAAGAAGAAGCUGCAGGACUUUGCCAGCACCGUGGAAGUCAUGGAAGAGGGUAAGAAGAGGUUCCAGAAGGAAAUCGAAAACCUCACCCAGCAGUACGAAGAGAAGGCAGCUGCUUAUGACAAACUGGAAAAGACCAAGAACAGGCUUCAGCAGGAGCUGGACGACCUGGUCGUCGAUUUGGACAACCAGCGGCAACUGGUGUCCAACCUGGAAAAGAAGCAGAAGAAGUUUGAUCAGUUGUUAGCCGAAGAGAAAAACAUCUCUUCCAAAUACGCGGACGAGAGGGACAGAGCGGAGGCGGAAGCCAGGGAGAAGGAAACCAAGGCCUUGUCCCUGGCUCGAGCCCUGGAAGAGGCCUUGGAAGCCAAAGAGGAACUCGAGAGGGCCAACAAGAUGCUCAAGGCCGAGAUGGAGGAUCUGGUCAGCUCCAAGGAUGACGUGGGCAAGAACGUCCAUGAGCUGGAGAAGUCCAAGCGGGCCCUGGAGACCCAGAUGGAGGAGAUGAAGACGCAGCUGGAAGAGCUGGAGGACGAGCUGCAGGCCACCGAGGAUGCCAAGCUGCGGCUGGAGGUCAACAUGCAGGCCCUCAAGGGCCAGUUCGAGAGAGACCUCCAGGCCCGGGAUGAGCAGAAUGAGGAAAAGCGGCGGCAGCUGCAGAGGCAGCUCCACGAGUACGAGACGGAACUGGAAGACGAGCGCAAGCAGCGUGCCCUGGCGGUGGCGGCCAAGAAGAAGCUGGAAGGGGAACUGAAAGACCUGGAGCUUCAGGCCGACUCAGCCAGCAAGGGGAGAGAGGAGGCCAUCAAGCAGCUUCGGAAACUGCAGGCUCAGAUGAAGGACUUCCAGAGAGAGCUGGAAGACGCCCGCGCCUCCAGAGAUGAGAUCUUCGCCACGGCCAAGGAGAACGAGAAGAAGGCCAAGAGCUUAGAAGCAGACCUCAUGCAGCUACAAGAGGACCUCGCGGCGGCCGAGCGGGCGCGCAAGCAGGCGGACCAGGAGAAGGAGGAGCUGGCGGAGGAGCUGGCCAGCAGCCUGUCGGGAAGGAACACACUUCAGGACGAGAAGCGGCGCCUGGAGGCCCGGAUCGCCCAGCUGGAGGAGGAGCUGGAGGAGGAACAGGGCAACAUGGAGGCCAUGAGCGACCGCGUGCGCAAAGCCACGCAGCAGGCUGAGCAGCUCAACAACGAGCUGGCCACGGAGCGCAGCGCAGCGCAGAAGAACGAGAGCGCCAGGCAGCAGCUCGAGCGGCAGAACAAGGAGCUCCGGAGCAAGCUCCAGGAGAUGGAGGGGGCGGUCAGGUCCAAGUUCAAGUCCACCAUCGCGUCUCUGGAGGCCAAGAUCGCCCAGCUAGAGGAGCAGGUUGAGCAGGAGGCCAGAGAGAAACAGGCGGCCACCAAGUCGCUGAAGCAGAGGGACAAGAAGCUGAAGGAAGUCCUGCUGCAGGUGGAGGACGAGCGGAAGAUGGCCGAGCAGUACAAGGAGCAGGCAGAGAAAGGAAACGCCAGGGUCAAGCAGCUCAAGCGGCAGCUGGAGGAGGCAGAGGAGGAGUCCCAGCGCAUCAACGCCAACCGCAGGAAGCUGCAGCGUGAGCUGGACGAGGCCACGGAGAGCAAUGAGGCCAUGGGCCGUGAGGUGAACGCGCUCAAGAGCAAGCUCAGAGGGCCCCCCCCACAGGAAACUUCGCAAUGACUCACCAGGCGAGGGAACGAGACCUCUUUUGUUCCUUCUAGAAGGUCUAGCGGGCGUAGAGUUAUUGAAAACGCGGAUGGUCCCGAGGAGGAGGUGGACACGCGAGACGCAGACUUCAACGGAACCAAGGCCAGUGAAUGAGCGACUUGCCAGAGUUUUGCACCACAGCAGGAACAAA